ACUCUCAGCAUCGCCUCUCCAAGGACGCCAUGCAGCCCUCCAAGGUUUGGAUGUUGGCUUGGCUUCUCUUGUAUUGGUUGCCUUUCCCUGGUUUAGAGACCAUCAAGGUAAACAAGCGCCCCACAAGGACUCGAACCUGUGCUGACCGACCUGAGGAGCUCCUAGAACAGCUGUAUGGAAGACUCACAGCUGGCAUGCUCAGUGCUUUCCAUCAUACUCUGCAGCUGGAGCCUCUGGAGAAGGAUCACAACAUAAGCUGUCCAGCAGGGGGAAGGCCAACUACAGACAAGAAGUAUCGACUCCCCAUCAAUCUCAACAGUGUCUCCCCUUGGUCAUACAGGAUCUCUUACGAUCCGACAAGGUACCCAAAGUACAUUCCUGAAGCCUACUGCCUGUGCAAGGGAUGCCUUACUGGGAUUUACGGUGAAGAGAAUUUCCACUUCCGGAGUACUCCAGUAUUUAUGCCGACUGUCAUUUUACGCCGAACUACAUCCUGCACUGGAGGCCGAUAUGUUUACACGGAGGAUUACGUGACUAUCCCUGUAGGUUGCACCUGUGUGCCAGAGUAUGAAAAGGAAGCUGAAGGAGUCAACUCUAGCAUAGAUAAACAAGCAAUGAAAUUGCUAGCAAACCACAAUAGUGAAAAGCCGGCAUCAGAAUGAAGAACACUAAAGGAAGCCUGAUGAUAUAGGUCAGGGCUGGCCUAAGGAUUUUUGCUGACUGAAGCAGAGGACAAGCCCUUUCCAUGCAUAAAUGCCAAGUGGACUGCCAGUUGAAUUUUACCUCUGCAUUGGCAACAAGAGAGUGUUCUCCGUUGCAUAAAAGAGCAGCAGGGCAUUUUAAGGGACACAGGCUACACCAGGCCAUGGGGCACACACAGUUCUGUCCUCUGUCCCUCAGUGUCUCUGGGCUGAGUCAGUCAGCUGCUUUACACUACCUAAUGGGCCCCUGCUUUGCUGGUCUUUUAAUCCCAGUUUCCUGGUUCAGAGAACUGUACAGCCUAUUCCCACACAUACCUGUAUUGCAAUGACAGAUGCAGUUUGAAGCGAGAAUCUGAGUGAAGGAGCAACCACAAAAUGAUUAUGACACACAUACAGUGUCAUCUCUAAUACGAUCCCUUUCCAUACAUGCACAUCAGCUGCAAGGUGUCAAGUUAUGAGCAUGUGAUUCUGAUGUAUACAGUAUGUGAACCAGCUCAUAGAAGAAAAAGUGUAUUUUGAAGAUGCAAGUGUAAAUUUGGAAGACAUUGGUGAUGGAGAGGAUCAAGCUAUUAUAAAAUUAGUAAAAUCUUAAUGGAAAUAAUUCAUAUGAAUUUUUAAAAAUGCCUAGGUAAUAGCCUUGAAGUUUUGUACCA